CAAGGAAACCAUAGAGACUGGGGUCCAGAGGAGGCGUCGCGUACCAUAGAGUGGCGCUGUGUCCGGCCCAGAGCGCCCCCCCGGCCCGCUCAUUGACUCUCCCUCAAGAUGGCGCAGCAGGUGAACAUCACGGAGCUGACGCUGCCGCAGCUCGAGGUGCUGAAGAACCAGCUGGACCAGGAAGUGGAGUUCCUCUCCUCCUCCAUCGCCCAGCUCAAGGUGGUGCAGACCAAGUACGUGGAAGCCAAGGACUGUCUGAAUGUGCUCAACAAAAGCAAUGAAGGGAAGGAGCUGCUAGUCCCACUAACCAGCUCUAUGUACGUCCCCGGAAAGCUCUCCGACGUCGGCCACGUGCUGGUAGACGUGGGGACAGGCUACUACGUAGAAAAGACAGCAGACAAUGCCCGAGAUUUCUUCAAAAGGAAGAUCGACUUCCUGACCAAACAGAUGGAGAAAAUUCAGCCGGCACUGCAGGAAAAACAUGCCAUGAAACAAGCUGUGAUGGAAAUGAUGAGCCAGAAGAUCCAGCAGCUAACGGCCAUGGGGGCUUCACAGGCUGCAGCAACGAAGGCGUAGCCUUUGGCAUCGGUCCCCCGGGCCCCGCACGCCGCGGCGUGACUGAGGCAUCUUGUUCUGUUACGAGCAGAGUCUUAAAAUCACCGAGGAAGCAGCUGGGGCCGAAACCCUCCCGGCCGUCGGGAGGCAUCUGCUCUUUGUGCUGGUGGCUGUUACGUGCACGCAGUGUCUUAAAUGCAAAGCUGUGGGAAACUCUUCCCCUUUUGAAUGUGGCAGGUGAUAUCAAUGUGCGAGAUAAAUUAAAGCAGUGCUGAAUGGUA